UCUUUUUUCCUUAAAAAAAGAAAAAAAGGCAAACCCUAGAAAAGCCUCAACGGCCAUUCCUCAUGUCUGGCCGUUUUCCUCCCUACCGCUGGCUCCUUCCCCUGUCUCCCUCUCUCUGCGUUUCGGGACAAUGAAGGCUACUCAAAACUUCCUUCCCUGCGAGAAUUCGUGCGAGAGGGAGUAGGUUUCUCAAAUGGGUUGCUUUCUUGUUUGCUUUGGUUCUACGAAAAAUGCGAGGAAACAACGAAAACAGAGCCAGAACAAGUUUCAUCCCCGUGAUAACGUAAGAACUGUAGAUUACAAACCUGCGCAAUCUGCUAUCGCUUUGAUACAGGGCAACUCCGAAAGUCCCAACACCAAACAGAUUUCACAAGUUCGGGAUGAGUCUGAAAAGGAGCUCAGCUUUAGGGCCGGAAAGAAAGUCACAUUUGACUCCAAUGUCAGGACCCAUGAACAUGUUACCUGCGGAGAAGCUCCGGACCUUUUAUUGCAACGUGAAAUCGGUGGGAAGGGGGAGGAAAAUAUAGAAAAACCAAGCCAAUCUAAGUCCUCUUCAGAAGAUAGUUUGAUCACAUCAAGCUCGGGAUCUUAUCCUCCAAAUUAUCGAUACCAGAAUUGCAGGGACAGCGAUGACGAGUAUGAAGAACUAGACUGUGAGGAUACUAAUCUUGACGAUGAAGACGAUGAUGGUGGACUAGAGGAUGAUGGUUUAUAUGCAGAUGAUGAUGAAGGAAUUGUAAGAUCUAGGAGAACAAUUUCUGUGGCUAAUGUGUUUACUGAGGAGGCUGAUAGCCCUAAGCCAAUAUGUGCUUUGCCUGAUGGGGAAAUGAAGCCAGUUGGGUCUAACCAGUAUGCUCGGCAUAGGAGUGCUUAUGUUCAUCCUGUUUUGAACCCAGUAGAAAAUCUUACUCAGUGGAAAGCUGUUAAAGCUAAAGGGGAGCCACCACUGAAGCCUCAGAAAGAGAAUUUUGUCUCAGAUAGAGAAACCCAGGUUUUGUCGGCUUCAGAGCCAAGUUUUAAUGGAUUAUCAUUCAGUUUUAAGUCAAAAACUGAUCAAUCUAAGAAGUCAAACCAGGAAAUAGCAGUUGAUGCUAGCCUUUCCAACUGGUUGGUUCCAUCUGAGAGUCCUGUCAAUAAGACUAGCAGAAACAAUCUUGGUAUUAUUUCGCCUGAGAAAAGCAUGUCUCAAGGAUCAAGCUCAUCGAGGUGCCAAGACGAUAGACCUAUUUUGGGAGCAUUAACUGUCGAAGAGCUUAAACAGUUUUCAGCUUCUUCUACACCAAGGAAGUCUCCAAUUCGAAGCCCAGAUGAGAUUCCCAUAAUAGGCACCGUUGGGACCUACUGGAGUCGCGCUGAUCCUGCUAAGGAUUUUGGCUCUGCCUCUUCUCUUCCUUCAAAGAAAUACCAAACACGACCAGCAAGUAUGGAUAGCUACAUGUGAAGGGAAGACGGUGCUUUACUAUCAAGUUUUGUUCAAGUAGUGAAUUCUAGCCAAUUUAAAGGAUCUUCUAAUCAAGUCAAACAUCAUUAGUAAAUAAUGAUAAUUGAUCUUCUCGUGAUAGCUUUAAAUUAUGAUGAUAUGGGAAUCGUGAUGGUGUUGAGUCCUACAUUAUUUAUUUACUAAGUGAAAUUGAGUUAUAUGUAUAAUCUUAUAGACCCUCAGUUUUUUAGCUAGCUUGUUCAUGGACCCUAAGUAAAAUUUUGAAUUUUGCAAAUCAAAAUUUGUCACAUCAACAGUGUAGAUGGUGUGUUUUCCACACCUUUAUUUCUAGAGAUUAGCUAUCAUCUGCAAGGAAUUAA